UAAUUUAGGCUUGAAAUUCCGAGCAACGGAAGAAGCACCCCGAUUCCGAAAUCCGAAUUGAAGGAGCAGAAAACGGAAGAAAUGGAAGACGAGUGAGAGAGAGAGAGAGAGAGAGAGAGAGAGAGAGUGUUGAGUAAAGCAUGGCUGGGUUACUGGCAUGGGCGGUAGGCGGUGGCGGAGGGAAGGAAGCGGAGGACGAUUCCAUGAUCCCAAUCCUAUUCUCGGAAGAUCAGCAGAAGUACGUGAUCGAACUGGAUCAGAAGGCGGCUUCUCUCCGCCGUUUGAUCCACGAUCUACGCCUCCGAUUGCCUCCCCCCGACAUCUCCCAGAGCCUCCCUCACCUCCACGCCCACUCCCUCGCUUCCAACGCCGCCCUCGCCCUCCAGUUGAACUCCCACUCCGCCACGCGCCAACAGGCCCAACUUAGAGAGGUGACAUUGAAAGAAGAGAAUGCUGCAUUUGAGAAUGCAAUAUCAAAUUGCGAGAAUAAAAUAAAGGAGAAAUUGCAGGAGGCAGAUUCACUCAGGGCGAGGUUGCAGGAGAUGGAUGAAACUGAGAAGAAACUGAAAGCAGAGGUGGAGAAUAUGAAUCCGCAAAGUACGGUAACUGAUGGAUGGGAGGAAGAAAUAAAGACGAAUUCUAAAGCUGGGUUGGAUGCAAAUGCAGAAGCAUCGAGAUUGGCUAUACUAGAUGAAUUGGAAAAGAAGAAGAAAGAGCUGGGUUCAAUGGAGAACGUUGUACAAGAGUUGGAGAAGAAAUGGGCACAAGUGCAGGAAAAUGCACUUAAACAGCCUUCCCCAGGGCAACGAGAGAAGACAUUGGAUAAACAGCUACAUGGUCUAAUUGAACAACUAGCACUUAAACAGGCACAAGCUGAGGGCUUACUUGGUGAAAUUCAUCUGAAAGAGAUGGAGCUGGAAAGAUUGAAUGGGCUAUGGCGGCGAAUGGAAAGCAGCAAUACAGAGGUGAAUACUGCGAGGAAUCGUUUCAGUAAAGGCUCCUCUGAUAAGUUACAUGGUUUGUCAGAUUAUGAGGGCCAACAGAGGCUUCCUUAUCAUUCUGCUGCCAGAACUGAAAGCCAGCAAAGGCUUAUGCUACUCAGGUCGGCAUUUGUGCUCUAUAUUUUAGCCUUACAUAUAUUGGUAUUUAUCAGGAUAUCUUUUUGACAAGCAUUGACACAUUAAGAUGACAUGUUAACUUUUACUCUGCAUGAUCGAACCUGUAUUUGUUUGUAUUCAUUAAAUAUUCCUUGCACAUAUAUACAGAAGUCUGUAAAGAUGUCAAUUUUUUUCAUUCAUGCUUUGAAGUUUGAUCUAAAUGUAGGAUCUGUGCGUACAGUAACUGUUGAAGGAGAGAUGAGUACUAGAAAAUGCAAUUUUCUUA